UCCCUAAAUAUUCCUUAGGUUCCUCCUCUCCGCCUUCUCCUCAGCCCAUUCGAUCUUCCGUUAAAACUUUUUAAGAUGAAAUCAAUUAAUCAGUUCAUCCGUUACCCUAAAUCUUCCUUAGGUUCCGCCUUCUCUCCGCCUUCUCUCCGCCUUCUUUCAGUUCUUACGUUACGACGUCCAACGAUCUUAAGCCAUAAAUUUCCAAAGAUGAUUGUUACUGCCCUAAUCAUAAUCUCUGCGCAUCCGCCAUCAUCUCCUCAGUUGUCUGAAUUUUGGCAUCGGUCAAGGAUUGUCCGAAUCAGGGCUUGCUUCAAUUCUUCAUAUUGCUCCUUUGUCAGUUUCAUCAGAUAUUCUACUUGGUUGGAUUUGCCUUUUUUUUAA